UUUUCAACCGACCUCAAGCUCCAUCCAGCACCUUCUUUUCUCAACAAGGUUCUUCUUUUGCUCGUAUUUGGCGUUGAAGGGUAAUUUGUAAUUUGGAGCCUACCUGAACAUCAACAUGGCGACAACACAUGAUAUUGUGGUCUUUGCCGGCGACCACUGUGGUCCCGAGGUUGUGGCUGAGGGAAUCAAGGUUCUCAAGGCUGUCGAGGCUCACAGCCCGUCCGCUGGAAAGUUCAAUCUUCAGGAGCACCUCCUGGGUGGUGCCUCCAUCAACGCCACCGGCUCGCCCCUGACAGACGAGGCCCUAAACGCCGCCAAAUCCGCCUCCGCCAUCCUCCUCGGCGCCAUCGGCGGCCCCGAAUGGGGCACCGGCGCCGUCCGCCCGGAACAAGGCCUGCUCAAGCUCCGCAAGGAACUCGGCGCCUACGGCAACCUGCGGCCCUGCAACUUCGCCUCCGACGCCCUCGUCGACUUCUCCCCGCUCAAGCCCGAGAUCUGCCGCGGCGUCGACUUCGUGGUGGUCCGCGAGCUCACCGGCGGCAUCUACUUCGGCGACCGCAAGGAGGACACGGGCGACGGCCACGCCCUCGACACGGAGCCCUACUCGCGGCCCGAGAUCGAGCGCAUCGCCCGCCUCGCCGGCUCCCUCGCCCUCGCCCGCGGCGACAAGACCGCCUGGAGCCUCGACAAGGCCAACGUCCUCGCCACCAGCCGCCUCUGGCGCAAGGUCACUUCCGAGAUCUUCGCCGCCGAGUUCCCUUCCCUCGAGCUCAAGCACCAGCUGAUCGACUCGGCUGCCAUGCUUAUGGUCAAGAGCCCGCGCGCCCUGAACGGCGUUAUCGUUACCAGCAACCUUUUCGGUGACAUCAUUUCCGAUGAGGCUAGCGUCAUUCCCGGCAGCAUUGGCCUGUUGCCUUCGGCCAGUCUGAGCGGUAUUCCUGAUGGCAAGGGCCGGUGUAACGGCAUCUACGAGCCUAUUCACGGCUCCGCCCCCGACAUCUCCGGCCAGGGCAUCGUCAACCCCAUCGGCACCAUCCUCUCCGUCGCCAUGAUGCUCCGGUACUCCCUCAACCUCCCCAAGGAGGCCCAGGCCGUCGAGGACGCCGUCAAGAACGUUCUCGACGCCGGCCUGCGCACCAAGGACAUCGGCGGUUCCACAAGUACCGUCGAGGUGGGCGACGCCAUCGUGAAGGAGCUCGUCAAGAUUCUCACUAGCUAGGUCUACUUUGGAUGUUAAGGGUAUAUCUGUCGGAGGCUUACGAGGCGUUUUUCUUGUUACAUGCGUUUGGUCCUGGAAAUGCGAAUGGUAUCGCCGGUAGUAUGGCAAGGUAGAGAAAAGAAAAAUAAAGGGCCAUUUGAAGAUGUUCUCUGGCCCGGGCAUCAAUGUCACAAAUUGAAGCAUUUACUCACUUACACUUCCCCGGCUCCAAUCUCGCUUCGUAUUUGUUGUCCCGGUACGUGUUUGUGUAUUGAAUAAGAAGGAAAUGGUGGCUGCGAUCCCCGUAACCACGCGAAGCGGCCUCGAAUGAAUAGUACCCAUUAACAUCAUACGCUAUGCUACCAUUAUGCGCUCCUCUUUCCGCUCUUGAUGCCCUUGAAUAUGAGAAAAGCCAAAAGAACAAUGGCUGCUGCUGUUACUCCUGCCCCCCC